AUGGAACACGUGAUUCAGACUAGACUCCUUCGCUACCUCGAAGACAACCACCUCCUUCCAAACACGAUGUUCGGCUUUCGCCCUCAUCUAGCAGAGUCGGACGUCAUGCUUCUUCUUCAUCAUCAGGUCGUCAUGCAACGCACCCUUGACACAAAAGUCAUUGUUGGUCUCGAUGUUGCCAAGGCUUUCGACAACGUCCUCCACGAAGCGAUUCUUCGACAACUACAGACCCUUGGCGUCGGACAUCGUACGUAUGCAUACGUGCGAGACUCUCCCUGCAUCGUCUCUCCUGGCAACCGCGGCACACCGCAAGGCUCCGUUCUGUCACCGCUGCUAUUUAACGUCGCACUGAUAGGACUACCUAAGCUUCUGGCUGACAUCCCCAACUUACACCACAGCCUGUAUGCUGACGAUCUGACUCUUUGGAUCACGCAGGGCAGCGACGGCCAGAUCGAAGAGGCUCUCCAGACCGCCAUCGAUCGUGUCGGUAGAUACCUCGAUACAGUUGGCCUUAGCUGUUCGGCGACUAAGUCAGAGUACAUUGUCAUCCCGUCCCCAGGACGACGUGCACCAAAAGUACUUCCUGAGAUGAACCUCCAGGUCCAAGGUAACCCCAUCCCUCGAACGGAUCACAUCAGGAUUCUAGGCCUGCACUUACAGGCAAACGGCAGCAAUACUGUUUCGCUCCAACGCAUCGACCAGUCGGUGGUACAGAUCGGACGCCUUCUCAAGCGGGUCUCCAACAAGCACCGAGGUAUGCGAGAGUCCAACCUCCUGCGCCUCGUCCAAGCCUUCAUCGGCUCCCGCAUCACCUACUCUGCACCUUACCUACGUCUCACCCGCGCCGAAAGCGAACGGCUAGAGACGACACUUCGUAGAGCAUACAAAACGGCCCUGAAUCUUCCCAUGUCCACAGCCACUCACAAGCUUAUGGCUCUCGGCAUCACCAACACAGUGAGCGAGCUGAUUGAAGCUACCCUCACCGCCCAAUAUGAGCGGCUGUCACUCACACACGCCGGCCGAGCGAUACUGCAGCAAAUUGGGAUCUCACCAACGAGGGCGGCCCCCAACUAUGCAGACCUCACACCUGAAUAUCGUCGAAGUCUCUGCAUCCCUCCCAUUCCCAAGCGGAUGCAUCCGGAACACCACGCUAAGAGACGGGCCGACCGGGCACGUCAGUUCGAGAAGCGCUUCAGCGGAUGUCCGGACGUCACAUAUACGGACGCCUCUUACCACCCCUCGAAGCCAGCGAUGGUGGCGGUGGCCCUCGCCCCCCACCGUAGCUGGCACACAGCAUGCAGCAUUCGCAAAACAGAAACGGUCACCGCAGCAGAAGAGGUCGCUAUCGCGCUUGCGCUAGUUGACCCUACUACCCAAGUUGUCAUCAGUGACUCUCAACAAGCCAUCCGCAACUACGAUGCCGGCCGCAUCUGUCGCCAGGCAUUACACAUUAUAAUUUCUGCUCCCCCCUCUUCUACAUCCCGUUUACUCCUUUGGGCUCCAGCCCGCGAGUCGUUGAGCGGAAACGCCCAGGUGCACACACUCGCACGAGAUCUUAGCUGCCGAGCCGAGUGUAGGGUUCACCGCGCCGCUUCCCCUGAUACAACUAUGCCGCGCGACUCACAACUCACCACUUAUACGGACAUCCUCCAGUAUUACCGGCCGUGGCUGCGCUAG